AAACCUUUGAGGCAAAUCAUUGGUUAUAACGUCCGGUUCGCGCAUGAAGAACAUAUUUGAUACACUAUUAAAUUGUCAAUGUAAAUCAAAUCACAUGACUUCUACCUUAAUCUUCGGUCAACCAUGUGGACCUGAGAAAAACAUCGUUAGUAUCACGACAUAGUGACAUACCCCGCAUCGAGUUUCUCCUUUCCUGCUCCUCUUCCUAAGUCGUUACCGCCUUUGGUUGUUGCCGUUGGCUUUGUCGGAGAAACCGAGCACCAUCCUCGUUAAACCUAACGCCGAUUCAACAGGACGCGCAUUUACGGUUACUCCGGUUAUAGCCAACGUCAAAGCAAAAGAACAGAAUAGGAGAUAAAAAGAUUCAAAGCUUCUUCUGCUCGCGUAUAUCUCUCAGUACUGUUAAAUUUUGCUGUUUCUUAUUGCGAGGUUUCUUCAUUCAAAUCGUGGUGUUGACGAUGGGAGAGGAUAUUUCGGAGCCGGAGGUUAUGCUUCACGGCGAGCUUGAUUUGAAGAUCGUUGAGGCCCGGCAGUUACCGAACAUGGAUUUAGUCUCGGAGCGGCUACGGAGAUUCAUAACCGCGUUUGACGCUUGCUGGAAACCGUUUUCUGGACGGAGGAGACACCACAAAAUCAUCACCAGCGAUCCUUACGUCACGGUGUGCCUGGCUGGAGCAACGGUGGCGCGUACGCGCGUGAUUUCUAACUGCCAAAAUCCCGUCUGGAACGAACGCUUCUUAAUCCCCCUGGCCCACCCGGCCUCACGCGUCGAGUUUUGGGUCAAAGACAAUGACCUUUUUGGCGCUGAUUUGAUAGGACUCGCCUCCAUCUCCGCAACCACUAUUCUCAAAGGUGACACGGUCAGCGGCUGGUUUCCGAUAAUCGGGUCCCACGGAAAACAGCCUAAACCGGACUGCGCGGUUCGAAUCGAAAUGAGAUUCACCAGGUACGAGGACACACCGUCAUACAGAAAUGGGAUGACGGCAGAUCCUAGCAAGUUCGGAAUCGAUAACUGUUACUUUCCGGUGCGGCACGGAGGGGCUGUAACGCUGUACCAGGACGCCCACGUGAACGAUUCGACGUUGCCGGAGAUAGAAUUGGAGGACGGGAAGGUCUUUAAGCACGAUAAAUGCUGGGAAGACAUUUGCCACGCGAUUCUAGAAGCCCAUCAUCUGGUUUACGUAGUGGGUUGGUCGAUAUUUCACAAGGUGAGGCUUGUUCGAGAGCAGACGAGGCCGUUGCCGAACGGAGGGAAUUUGAGUCUGGGAGAUUUGCUUAAGUACAAGUCGCAGGAAGGUGUAAGAGUACUGUUGUUAGUUUGGGAUGAUAAGACUUCGCACAGCAAAUUCUUUAUUAAUACGGGUGGGUUGAUGCAAACACAUGAUGAAGAAACCCGGAAGUUUUUCAAGCGCUCUUCUGUUUCAUGUGUGCUGUCGCCGCGUUAUGCCAGCAGUAAGCUUAGCAUUUUCAAGCAACAGGUUGUUGGAACCCUCUUUACCCAUCAUCAGAAAUGUGUAAUUGUGGAUACACAAGCAUCUGGAAAUAAUAGAAAGAUUACUGCUUUCAUUGGAGGUCUGGACCUCUGUGAUGGCCGCUAUGAUACACCUGAUCACAGACUAUUUCGGGACCUUGACACUGUAUUUAGAGAUGAUUUUCACAAUCCAACAUUCUCUGCAGGGACUAAGGCUCCAAGGCAACCGUGGCAUGAUUUACAUUGCAAAAUUGAAGGGCCUGCUGCUUAUGAUAUUCUCACGAACUUUGAGCAGCGUUGGAAGAAAGCCACAAGAUGGUCAGAGUUUGGACAGCGUUUUAAAAGGGUGACUCACUGGCAUGAUGAUGCUUUGAUCAAGCUAGAACGCAUCUCAUGGAUACUAAGCCCUUCUGCUUCAACUCCAAAUGAUGCUCGUGAAUUAUGGGUUUGUAAGGAAGAUGAUCCUGACAACUGGAAUGUUCAGGUAUUUCGAUCUAUAGAUUCAGGAUCCUUGAAAGGGUUUCCCAAAGAUGUUUUACAAGCUGAAACUCAGAAUCUUGUUUGUGCAAAGAAUCUGGUCAUAGACAGAAGCAUUCAGACUGCAUAUAUCCAAGCAAUCCGAUGUGCUCGGCACUAUAUAUACAUUGAGAACCAAUAUUUCAUUGGAUCAUCAUAUGCUUGGCCACAUUACAAAGAAGCAGGUGCUGAUAAUUUAAUUCCUAUGGAGUUGGCACUGAAAAUUGCUAGCAAGAUAAGGGCUAAGGAGAGGUUCACAGUUUAUAUUGUCAUACCAAUGUGGCCUGAGGGUGUCCCAUCUUCUGUUUCUGUGCAAGAAAUUCUCUAUUGGCAGGGAGAGACAAUGCAAAUGAUGUAUGCAAUCAUAGCACAAGAGUUGAAAGCUAUGGAUAUGGAAGAUUUACAUCCACAAGACUACCUAAAUUUCUACUGUCUUGGUAACCGGGAAAAACUUGAUAAAGAAGCACCUGGUCCAAGCGCAACGCCUUCAAAUUAUAGUGAGACGGUUUCAAUUUCACAAAAAUUUCAAAGAUUCAUGAUUUAUGUACAUGCUAAGGCAAUGAUAGUGGAUGAUGAAUAUGUAAUACUUGGUUCGGCCAAUAUAAAUCAACGAUCUAUGGCCGGCUCAAGAGACACAGAGAUAGCCAUGGGUGCAUACCAACCUCAUUAUACAUGGGGUCAGAAAAAGAAACAUCCACAUGGCCAGGUUUAUGGGUACAGAAUGUCACUGUGGGCUGAACACAUGGGAAAGAUAGAUGAUUUAUUUAAUGAGCCAGAAAGUUUGAAUUGUGUGAGGAGAGUGAAUGAGAUUGCUGAAGAAAACUGGAAGAGGUAUAUAGCUGAGACCUUCACAGAAUUACAGGGGCACCUUCUCAAGUACCCCGUUAAGGUGGAUGAGAAUGGCAUAGUAAGUGCCUUGCCUGGACACGAGAGCUUCCCAGAUGUUGGUGGUAAGGUGCUCGGAUAUCGCUCAAACCUCCCUGAUGCACUAACAACCUAGUAGGCUUCCCAAAGAAUUCACAUGUUUAUACUCCCGUAAGGAUUUUCACUUAAAAGUUAAAACCACAUAGAAAAAGGGCCAAUUACAGUUCUCUUUGUACAACCACAGUGCAGAUUAUACAGCCUCACCACAAUUAACAGGGCUAGAAAUUGAUUUAUUCCGUGUGUAUUUGAUAUCUGUAAAUUGUGUAUCAACUGACUCGAAUUUCCACAACGUUCUUCCAACCUUCAUUUCAAUGGAAAGAAUUCAAAGUUUGGUGGAGGCGGCUCCUUACCUAAGAUUUUCAUAUCAUGAAUUCCCCCUUUUCACUUUUGAGAAAAUCUUCUUCCUCCCCUCCUGUCUUAUUAUCUCGUAUA